GCAGCCCAAGCCACCACGAGAGGCCGGUCUUUGGGGAUGGUCUUUCAGGACGAUAUUUGUGGGUGGCCCAAGGAGCCCCAGGCAGCUCCAGAGGGAGGAAGUGGGAGGUCCUGUUUCCAGAAUCUGUCCACCCACGAGAAAGCAGCAGGGGUGGCUGGGUUCUACCUUAGCCACAAUGAGAGGAGAGGUGUGAGCAGGACUGGGCCUUGGGCGUCUCCCAUAGGAGACUAGGAGCUGCCGGGAGAUGUGGAGGGGAUGAUGCAGGUGUCACUGGGCCUUGAUGUUCCCCAGGGCCUUUUGGCGGUGAGAAGAGGGAACUGGAGCCCCAAGGCUGCCGCUGAUGCUGCUCGCUGACAUUUCCGUUCAUUCAGUCACUCAGGAUUUAUUGAGCGCCCACCCCGUGCCACCCGCUGUGAACAGAACACCCAGAGAUCCCUGCCCAGACAGACAAGUUCUUCCUGUCACAUGCUGGGGUGAUAACUGUGAUAGAGAAAGAGAGGAAGAGCCAGCAGUGCCUCCGGCUGGGGAGACGGGGCAGACCUCACCGAGGUGGUGACAUUUGAGCCCCAGCUGAAGGGGUGCCAGGGCAAGAGUGCCCAGGAAGAGGGAAGAGCCUGGAGGCAGAAGGCUGACUGAAGAAGAAUCUGGAGGCUCGGGUGGCUGCAGCAGAGAAAGCAAGGGGGUGGGUGGCAGGACGUGAGGUCAGAGGAGAAUGGGCGGCACCCUGUGGCUCACAGAUCCUUGAAAGGGUUUUGGUUUUGACUGAGCAGAACGGGGCCAUUGCAGAUCAACAUGCACUUUAAAUGAUCAAAACCCCCAUCUUUCCCCUGGGAAGGAGGAGGCCAAGGAAGGCUGUGUUUCUGACUCACACGGGGGAGUCGGGGGAGUCGUAAACAACCCUGGAGAGAACAGCCAGGCCUGUUUCUGCAAGCCCAGACAAUGCCGGUGGAGGAGUUUGUGGCUGGCUGGAUCUCUGGAGCUCUGGGCUUGGUCCUGGGACACCCCUUUGACACUGUAAAGGUGCGACUGCAGACCCAGACCACCUACCGGGGCAUCACUGAUUGCAUGGUCAAGAUUUACCGCCAUGAGUCCCUCCUGGGCUUCUUCAAGGGAAUGAGCUUCCCCAUUGCCAGCAUAGCUGUGGUCAACUCUGUCCUGUUUGGGGUCUAUAGCAACACCCUGCUGCUGCUCACGGCCACCUCCCACCAGGAGCGGCGGGCCCAGCCACCCAGCUACACGCACAUCUUCCUAGCGGGCUGCACCGGGGGGUUCCUGCAGGCCUACUGUCUGGCUCCUUUUGACCUCAUCAAAGUCCGGCUACAAAACCAGACAGAGCCAGUGGCCCAGCCGGGUAGCCCCCCACCCCAGUACCAGGGGCCCGUGCACUGUGCAGCCUCCAUCUUCCGGGAGGAGGGGUACCGGGGGCUGUUCCGAGGAGCCUGGGCCCUGAUGCUGAGGGACACCCCCACGGUGGGGAUCUACUUCAUCACCUAUGAAGGGCUCUGUCGCCAGUACACACCAGAAGGCCAGAAUCCCAGUUCAGCCACAGUGCUGGUGGCAGGGGGCUUUGCAGGCAUUGCUUCCUGGGUGGCAGCCACGCCCUUAGACGUGAUCAAGUCCCGGAUGCAGAUGGACGGGCUGAGACGAAGAGUAUACCAGGGGGUGCUGGACUGCAUGAUGAGCAGCGUCCGGCAGGAAGGACUGGGGGUCUUCUUCCGGGGGGUCACCAUCAACAGUGCCCGCGCCUUUCCCGUCAAUGCUGUCACCUUCCUCAGCUACGAAUAUCUCCUCCGCUGGUGGGGAUGAGCCCUGCGGCAAUGCCAAUGGCUCCCCAUCAGGCCCAUGGCCCGGAAGCCAGUUUGAGAUUGGAGGCCAGGUUGAAAAUCUGCAGCUUGCAAAUCAGUGCAAGAGGCUCAGCCCUUCCUAACCAAGGCACCUCCCACCCGAGCAGAUCUGGGCUGGGCAGAUGCCUGCAGGAGCCAGAAGCCAGGGGGCCUGGGCAGCCUCCCUGUGUAGCUGGCCUUGACUCCUUUGCCUCCCACGUCUGUGAAACAGGGAGCAUGAGGCACAAGUGAGCUGGCAACAUCCCAGCCCCUGUCCUGUACCGUCACCUCUUUUUUUUUUUUUUUAUUUUGAGAUGGAGUCUUGCUCUGUUGCCCAGGCUAGAGUGUGGUGGAGCGAUCUCGGCUCACUGCAACCUCCGCCUUUCCACCUUCCAGGUUCAAGCGAUUCUCCUGCCUCAGCCGCCCGAGUAGCUGGGACUACAGGUGGGCACCACCACGCCCAGCUAAUUUUUUGUAUUUUUAGUAGAGACAGAGUUUCACCAUGUUAGCCAGGAUGGUCUCAAUCUCCUGACCUUGUAAUCCACCCACCUCGGCCUCCCAAAGUGCUGGGAUUACAGGUGUGAGCCACCGUGUCCGGCCGCCAUCACCUCUUAAGGAGAUCUGAGACUCCGCUUCUGAGAGUCCCCGCUGCCUCCCACCUCCCUGCCUUUCAAAGCUCUCUCCCCCAUGACACAGGAUAACCCCAUGUCUCCUCCGGCCAGAAUCCUUCAGUGGCUCUCAUCACCUUCAGGAAAAGCCCAGACUCCUCCCACCCUCCAGGUUCCUCCCUCCCCACGAGGCUUCGUUCUCCUGGGGUUGCUCCCUGGACCCUGAACAAGCUGUGCUCUCAUUGCCUGGGCCUGGCCAGCAGUGCCCGGCAGGGUGGCUCCACCAUUCCCGGGCUGGCCCCACUCUCCUCUGAGACCCAGGCUGAACCUGGUCUCCCGGUCCUUCCUCGACUCGCCUCCCCACCUGAGGCUGACUUUGGGGUUCCCAGACACCCCACCCGCACACCUGCCUUGAUCAUAGCACUUGCCUGCGCUUCUUCAGAGUCGUUAAUUUGCUUCUCGGCUUCCCCACUGGACUGUGAGCUCCCUGAGGUCAGGGAUUGCGCUUUGGAUGGUUUCCAGCCUGAGCUUGGUGCUUGAACAGACAUGUGCAAUAAAUGCUCAUUAAAUGAUA